AUGGCCCACGAAAAUCUCUUGCCCCCUUUACCGCUUGAAAUCUGGAUCCGUGUUCUUAGCUCCAUAACAGUUUCGCAAUUGCUGCCCCAAGCAUGGCUCAACUGUCGCCUCGUCUCGCGCGGGUUUCGGGUUGCUACGGAAACAGCUUUUGUUGACACCUACUUGCCGCAAAUGAAGCUUUGCGUCGAGCUUACAGAGCUCCUGGAACUGACUUUUUUCGGCGUCUCACCAGACCGUACACUGGCACGUUUCACGCAUGUCUUGAGAGCAGGCUCCGGGCAGAGCUUCCCACUGCGCAUGCCGCUUCACCUGCAGCGGCGGUUAGAGCAAGAAACGGAAAGAAUUUGGCAACGAGAACAUGAAAGAUAUGUGAAGUCCAUUCAGGAAGGUGCGCCCUCGCUGCUUUACACGUGUUGGGUUGAGGGGUUUGUGGAGGAUCCACCAUUUCUUGGCCUCGAAGUCGAUGUCGCCAGGCGGAUGUUAUCAUUCCGUUGGCAGCCGACGCUUAGCACCAUGUUUGGAGAAAUUGAGCAUCGGAGGCAGUUACUCAGCCAAGUCGAACGCGGCGAGGGAAGACUUUCGACGACCGACAGGAUGCGCGAAAUAGAAAUGCAGGUGCGCAAGCAGCGGCCUCGAAACCAGGCAUGGAACCAACGAUUUGACCCAGAGAGGAGACAGGACUGGCAGCUCAACGCACUCAUGGGCUACCGCACUUUGCUUUGUGAUGAGGAGAGUCAAUAG